AUGGCCUCCCCGGCGCCGGCGUCCACCGCGGUCGCCGCGGCCAACGCUCCUCCACCGCGCAUCGGGCUCGCGGGCCUCGCCACCAUGGGCCAGAACCUGGCGCUCAACAUCGCCGAGAAGGGGUUCCCGAUCUCCGUCUACAACCGCACCGCCGCCAAGGUGGACUCCACGCUCUCCCGCGCGCGGGACGAGGGCGCGCUGCCGGUGCUGGGCCACCGCGACCCGCGCGGGCCCGGCGACGCCAUCGUCGACGGCGGCAACGAGUGGUACCAGAACACGGAGCGGCGCAUCGAGGAGGCCGCGGCGCGCGGGAUCCUGUACCUCAGGAUGGGCGUGUCUGGCGGCGAAGAGGGCGCACGGAACGGGCCCUCGCUCAUGCCCGGCGGCCACGUCGAUGCCUACAACAACAUCAGGGACAUCCUCGAGAAGGCCGCGGCGCAGACGGAAGACAGGGCGUGCGUCACCUUCGUUGGGCCCGGUGGUGCCGGCAACUUCGUUAAGAUGGUGCACAACGGGAUCGAGUAUGGCGAUAUGCAGCUCAUCGCUGAGGCAUACGAUGUGCUCCGCAGAGUUGGGGGCCUGUCCAACUCGGAGAUUGCCGAUGUGUUUGCGGAAUGGAACAAGGGCGAGCUCGAGAGCUUCUUGGUUGAGAUCACCGCGGAUAUAUUCACCGUGGCUGACCCAUUGGAUGGGAGCGGCGGGGCUCUGGUUGACAAGAUUCUAGACAAGACUGGGAUGAAGGGGACUGGGAAAUGGACGGUGCAGCAGGCCGCAGAGCUUGCAGUGGCAGCACCCACAAUUGCUGCAUCACUGGAUGGGAGCACAUUUGGAACUCCGUGUGCAAGCAAUCUUUUGUAA